GACGUCACCAGGGAGCCACCAAAGUAGGAAGUUGCUGUUAAAGCAGAAAUAUGUGACACGAAUGACGGAGCUCGCAGCCAACGGACAACCUUGAGGUCGCUUUUUACCUUUCAGAAUUUGGACUUUCAAAAGCCCACCUCACUCGGUCCUCCCAUGUACUGAAGAGGAGGGCAGUGAAUCGGCCGAGCUGACAGCGGCAGGACGCCAUGUCUCACACCCAAUCUGACGGCUGUGCAGGCAACCAGGCCCAUCUGUUUCUUGAGGGCCAGUUUUCCACAGAACUUCACAUAUCCGAACCCGGUGAUGAAUGCUGCCAGCCGCAAAGCUUCACCACCCUCCAUGCAGAAGCAGGCCCGACACAAGAGGAAGAAGUUCACAGCAUGGUGGUUCCGCAGCGCUUGAUCUUGAGUACCCAAAGUGCAGCAGCGCUGAAGCUUGGCACCGAACAGCUCAUCCCCAAGAACCUCGCCGUGGCCAGCCGGUCCAAGAAUCGGCACCACACCACUGUGGUGACCUUCCCUGUGGGACUGGAGAAGUCCAGCAGUGGAUCCCGCACCCGUCACUCAACACAGGGUCCAGAUGUAACCUGGGAGGACUAUGACAGUGAUGGAGACGGCUUUUCGCUGAGGAGGAACCGCAGGAACAAGUCCUACAGAGCAGCUGUGACCAGCCUGGACAUUGAGGCCAUGGCAAGGGAGAAAGUGGCUGCAAACACAUUAAAACCUCUUAAAGAGGGAAGAGCAUCCAGUCCGGGUCCAGCUCGUAGUCCUGGAAGGAAGCGAACCCUGGGAAGAAAGAGGAACCGUAACCAGCGUGGCUCAUUCAAAGAUGCAACGCCGCGCCUCUACCAGGAGAUUCGAGAGCGAGGUUUGCAUUCCACCAACCAGGAUGAACUUCUGGAUGACUUUGUGGUGGUGGAACCUCCUGUUGAGGACCAGAGCAUUGUGGUGAAAAGCUACCGGCCAGCGCAGCUCACCUGGAGCCAGCUGCCACAGGUGAAGGACACCGGAGUACUCGGCAUGAUCUCACCUCAAGAGAGAAAGCGACAAGAGGCUAUCUUUGAAAUAAUCACAUCAGAGCAUUCGUACCUGCACAGUCUGGGCAUCCUGGUGCGACAUUUUAAGGAGAAUGACGCCCUUAGGAGAACCAUGACAACCACAGAGCACCAUCACCUCUUCUCCAACAUCUCUGUUAUCUACCAAGUCAGCAAACGCUUUUUUGAGGACCUUGAGCGACGUCACUAUGACAACCCCGUGAUCCGGGACAUCAGUGACAUUGUUCAGAACCACGCCGCCCACCACUUUGAGCCGUAUAUCGUCUACUGUUCCAAUGAGACCUUCCAGCAGAGGACCCUGCAGAAGCUCCUAACUAGCAAUGGUGCGUUUAAGGACGCCCUGAAGCAAAUUGAAGGGAGCGGCGAAUGCGGAGGCCUGCCCAUGAUCUCUUUUCUCAUUCUACCAAUGCAGAGGGUCACCAGACUGCCGCUGCUUCUGGAUACUAUUUGCCAGAAAACUCCUGACAAGACAGCAGAGUACUUUGCUGCGGUUUGGGCACUGCACGCCAUCAGCAAGCUGGUCGGCAGCUGCAAUGAUGGAGCACGUCGGAUGGAGAGGACAGAACAGAUGUACACCAUCCAAAAGCAGAUGGAGUUUGGUAAAAUCAAGCCAUUCCCGUUGGUGUCAUCGUCACGCUGGCUGAAGAAACGUGGCGAGCUGGCUGUCUGUCCUGAAGAGCUGAGCAUCUGGAGAGCGUUCAGCAACAGGAGCAACUACCUGUUUCUCUUCAAUGACGUACUCAUUGUCACCAAGAAGAAAAGUGAGGAGAGCUUUGUGGUGAUGGACUACGCCACUCUGGAAAACGUGGAGGUGGAGAUGUGCGAGCAAACAGAUGGUCAGACAUCACCGCCUUCCAAAAACACCUCCAGCCAGUAUCUGUCCUUCAAGCUACUCAUGAGCAAGAACAGCGAGGGCAGACCGGAGCGCACCACCCUGGUGGCGGAGUCCAGGGUGGACCGGGCCCGCUGGAUAGUUGCCCUUACAGAACACAAGCAGACGGAGCUUUUCUCCCGUAAAGAUGGUCUUCCUCAGUACGAGGCCACCAAAGCCUACAUGCCCAAGGAGCCAGAUGAGGUGGGACUGCAGCAGGCUGAGCUUGUGAUCGUCCAGAGGGUGGAAGAAGGCUGGUGCUACGGGGAGAGGAUGAGAGACGGCGAGAGAGGCUGGUUCCCUGCCAGCUGUGCCACGGAGAUCACUAACCCCACCGCCAUAGAGGACAACAUGCAGCGGAUGAAGCGUCUCCGUAAAGAGACCAAUGUUUGAGAGGAGUUGGCCAUUGUGAUGGCACGUAAGAGACAGUAUAGAUCAGUCUGUAAAUCUUCAUCCACAAGACCCUUUUGGAAGGUCAUAGGUUGUAAGGUGAACUUCUUCCACACUAAACUCAUCCCAACAUGCCUUCAUGGACUUUGUACAUUGGAACAGAAAGACUGUUGGCACAAAGUUGGAAUCCAAGUUGAAAAUACUGAAGUGUAUUGCCUACACUUGAAUCUCAUAGCAUGAAGAUUUAAUGUACAUAUGAGCUCUGUGGGACUAAGAUGAAUAGGUAAUGCAUGUACUGGGCUUCAAACAGUGCUGCUAUAUCGUCUUUGCUUCCUGAUACUGUAUAAGCAGCAUGAAUAGUAAAUGUCUAUUGUCAAGUAUGUGUACCCUUGCCUUUUUGCAAAUGUGUUGCAUUCUAACAAGGUGUGUCGUACCUCAUUUAUUUGGAAAUAAAUAGUCACUAAUGUC